GAUGGCCACCUUCAUUUAAAAACACGUCGGCAAAGAGUUACCGCUAUGGUUACCAAACCCGCUUAGUCGAGGAGCGCUCAGAAGUCUCCCUUUGGUAAACUAGUUUAGAUAGCAUGCUUUUGUAGUGGACGCGCUCUGCAAGUUUCUUAAGACGCAUCCACGAACGAGAGGCAUGUCUCCAAGCAGAAAAGCAUUGUUAAUAACGCUUGUCGCGCUAGUCAAUGUACAACUACGGCUAGUAGGGGCGCACUACCACAAUGACCACGAGCAUGACCACGAACACGUUCACGAACCCGCUGCGUUCAAGUACUCACGCGCCGCCAACGAGCCGCCCGUAGCAGAUGCUGCAGCUGGCAGCGAGGCACACCAUCACUCCCAUGGACACGUAGCAUCGUCUUCUCAUGCGUCGGAGGCUCCCAAGAAGAAACCGAUCCGAUCAUUCGAAGAGACUGCUUUUUUGUGGGGUCGUGCUCUGGGCUCCACACUGCUGAUUAGUGUCGCACCGUUUCUCAUCUUAUUCUUCAUUCCUAUCGACUCGCGUUCCGGCCAUGAGUCGUUGCUCAAGGUUCUUCUCAGCUUCGCGUCGGGAGGACUGCUUGGCGAUGCGUUCCUCCACCUCAUUCCACAUGCGCUGAUGCCACACAGCAGUGAAGACGACUCCGGUGCUGCGCACUCAGGUCAUAGUCAUAGCCACGGCUCUGGGAGCAGUCAUGCCCACAGCCAUUCUCACAGUCACCACGGGCACGACCAUUCUCACGGGCCUCAUGACAUGAGCGUCGGCUUGUGGGUGCUUGCUGGCAUUCUCGCUUUCCUCAUGGUUGAAAAAUUUGUGCGCAUCAUCAAAGGUGGCCACAGUCAUCAACACACCCGCGAACAUGUUCACGAAGAACUUCGUGCCGACGAUCGGGUUCCUUCGGGAACGGCUGAAGCUGACGCAAAGCCCACUGGAAAAUGUGACGGAGAGUCCAUUGGCACGGAGAAUAAGGAGGCGUCCGCCGCACUUGUGCACAGAAAGAAGACCAAACAAGACAGCGCGACAAUGGAAAAAAGCACUGCCGAUGAUGAGAAACGGGCAUCAGAUAUCAAAGUAGCUGCCUAUUUGAACUUGGCUGCUGACUUUACUCACAAUUUCACGGAUGGCCUGGCGAUUGGUGCAUCGUAUAUUGCUGGCAAUACAGCAGGCUUUAUAUCGACAGUGACGAUCCUUCUGCAUGAGGUUCCUCAUGAAAUUGGAGAUUUUGCAAUCCUGGUGCAGUCGGGCUACAGCAAACGCAAAGCUAUGUGCAUGCAGCUGGUGACAGCAGUGGGAUGCCUUAGUGGCACGCUGUGCAGUCUUAUUGCUGAUGGGGUUAGCAGCAGUGCCAAUCUAUGGGUGCUACCUUUCACAGCAGGCGGGUUUAUCUACAUUGCCACUGUCUCAGUCAUUCCUGAACUGCUGGAGAACACGCGGCUGUGGCAGUCAGUCAAGGAGAUAUUUGCACUGCUGCUUGGUGUGUCCAUGAUGGCACUACUCACUCAGUUUGAGUAAAUUAUAACUGGAGGUAAAAACCAAAGUGCACAAAAGGAUUGUGUCACGUGGCUGGAUGCUGCAUUUCCUUUCGAUAUAGGUGUUUGGGAUUGGAGGAAGCCACUACUGCACAUGUACUGUGUUGUUCCUUAAUGAUUCGAUUUGAAUCAUUUUUUUUGCACAAAUGUAAAGCAUUUGUCUGAAAUUUGCAUUGUUGGUAGUAAUCACACACAUUGGUUAUUUAAUGGCAUUGGAUAAUAGUUCUGGGCACGGCAAUAGCUGCAAGCUGGGACAGUUGGUCGUUUGGAGCCGAUGCCAAGUUCAUUUGAACAUGACGUGAUGUCAUAUCCUAAAGUAUUGGUACAACUAGCUUACACAAAAGAAGACAUGGGAUAGCUCCUUGUCAACAGUGAGGCUUUUUACAAUAUCUAGGUAUUUACUCUUAACAUAAUAGGCACAUACAUUUUAUUUUGUAUAUUGUUUUGUGAUGUGCAUCUGUAUAAAUACAUUGGUGCUUUUCGGAAAACUUUAAACACCUUUACAUUGUAAAGCAGGAUCGGAGUGUUAAUGACAUCUAUGUGCUUACAUUAUUGAUAAUGUAGGCAACUUCCCAGGUCUGCAUGCUAUCGGGCUCACUGUCUUCUUUUACAUAGCUUUCUAGCCAUUGAGUAUCAAACAUUAAGACAGCUUGGUAUACAUAUAACUGGGAGCACCUGCCUUGUCAUACCUUGUGUCGCAUGUUGUGCCUUCAUAUAUUAUUGUGAGCCAACAAAGCCCAUUUUGUGCAAUGCCAUUAUUUUCUCUCUUUUUCUUCUACUGGUUCUUGUAAAAAUGUGAUAAUAUAUAGUAAAUUUGAACAAAGAGGUGCUGGAGGUCAGCUAUUCUUAAAUCUUUUUCAGUGUUUUCAAAGUGAAUUGUGUGUGAUGGCUGGCCUAGAAUACCUGGUUGUAUUGAAUUCCAAACUGCAGUGCAAUUGAAUGUAACUUGGUAUGAUCCACAGCUACUCUUAUCCCCUCUAUUGUUUCCUAAAAUUUAUCUGCGGUUUCUAUGCGUAUCGUCGUGAACACGUUGCUGAUAUCGGCUGCUUUUUGUACAUUGAUGUUCUGCUCACUCAUUCCACAGUAACAAUUGCACUUAACUGUGCCUGAUGGGAUCAUAGUCGAGGCUGCAGUCGGUUUGCCUACCUUAAAGAUCUAUUGCUGUACUCAAAGCAUUGGUGAUGCAAAGUGAUGGGGAGUUGCAUUUACCAGACAGUCCAGAUCUUGAGAGACCAAAGUGUAAGGAAAAAAUAUAAUCUGCUGUAUUGAUGAACUACUGUUUGUAAUCAAGUACACUGCAGCACGAAAAAAAAAAAACUCAUGCAAUGCACAUGAUUCCGUACCAACUAGCCCAUCUGUUUGUCCUUUUGUACUGUUAGUAAAUAAACGGCACUUUGUGCCACUUUCAAGUAUCAGAUAUGUCGAGUACCUUGUAAUUUGUGCUGAAAUCUUUCAGAGUUAGUAUUUAGUAACACUUUAAUUUACGUUUCUGCAAUAAAAAGGCAUGUGUGCAUAAAAGGUGAAGCAACACUGUGCCUCCUAGCAACUUAUGGGCCCCGGCCGGAAAUGUUGGUGCUCUGAAUAUAGGGAAAAUCCAAUAAUUGCUGCUUAUUGCGUGGUGGAGAAAGCUCUGAAAUGUAUGCCAAAAUCUACUGUCUGAAGAAACGUGGCCUCUUUUCUGUGGUGGAAGCAUUUAGCAGCAGUGUACAGCUGGUGCCACGCACUUUCAUUUCUCUGGUGGUGGAUCCACGUGUCCAUGGAAAGUUAUGUAUUGAUUAUUUGCUGUAUUUUAUUUUUGGUAUGUCGGUGGAUUAAAUGCUAAUGUUA